AUGCGUCUCACCUCCCUCCUCGCCCUCACCCUCACCUCCUUCGCCGCCGCUGCCGAGCUGGGCAUCGAAACCACACACAAGGUCGAAUGCACGCGCAAGACCACCAACGGCGACAACAUCGCCAUGCACUACCGUGGCACGCUGCAGGCAGACGGCUCGCAGUUCGACUCAAGCUAUAGCCGCAAUGCGCCGCUUACGUUUACGCUGGGGACUGGGCGGGUGAUUAAGGGAUGGGACCAGGGUCUGCUGGACAUGUGCAUCGGCGAGAAGCGCACCCUGACUAUCCCACCCGAGUAUGGGUACGGCGACCGCGGCAUUGGUCCGAUCCCCGGGGGUGCAACGCUGGUGUUUGAGACGGAGUUAGUGGAGAUUGAGGGGGUGGAGAAGGAUGAGCUGUAA